CAAUACCGGUUUCGGAGGAAAAUUGUUACGAAAAAGUACAAGGGCACCUUGAAAGAUUCUGGCCAUGGCUUCUGUGCGAUCACUUGGCGCUCUCAGAGCUUUAUCUUGGGCAAAAUACUCGUCUUUGAGAGGAAGCCUGGGAAUGAACACAAAAAGAUAUUUCUCAGCAUCUGGCACAUCCCAAGCUCGUUCAAUAGUAAACUAUGAAGUCAAAGAAGAUGUGGCCGUUGUUCGGAUUAACGACCCUAAUGCCAAGGUGAAUACACUAAACAAGCAGUUCAAUGCAGAAAUAGAAGAUGUCUUUCAUGAACUAUGGGCCGACGAUGGGGUCAAAUCAGUGGUGCUUGUGUCAUCCAAACCAGGAAACUUCAUCGCAGGAGCAGACAUAAAUAUGCUGGGUGCAUGUGAAACAGCAGAUGAGGUAACAGAACUUUCAAGAAAUGGGCACAAGAUGUUAGAGGCCAUGGAAAAGAGUAACAAGCCCGUAGUCGCUGCCAUCAAUGGCACAUGCUUGGGAGGAGGACUUGAGGUCGCUCUGAGCUGUCAUUACCGAAUCGCCACCAAGGACCGGAAGACGGUGCUGAGCGCUCCUGAGGUGAUGCUUGGACUCCUCCCAGGUGGAGGGGGUACCCAGAGACUACCCAAGCUCAUCGGUGUGCCCAACUCUCUAGAUAUGAUGCUCACCGGCAAGAGUAUACCGGCAGAGAAAGCCAAGAAGAUGGGGCUGGUAGACAUGCUGGUCUCCCCCUUAGGACCUGGGGUAAAGCCUUUGGAUGAGAGGAAUAUUGAGUACUUAGAGGAGGUAGCCAUUCAAGCAGCAAGAGACCUAGCCGCAGGGAAGAUCAAGACAGACAAACCAAAGACAAUGAUGCAGAAGCUCCAAGACUCAAUAAUGGGAACCCAGUUCGUCCAGGACCAGAUGUACAAGAAAGUCAAAGCCAUGGUGAUGAAGAACACAAACGGUCUCUACCCAGCUCCAUUCAAGAUAAUCGAUUGUGUCAGAGCAGGUACAGAUAAAGGAAGUGAAGCCGGAUACCUCCUAGAAGCUCAGGAGUUCGGCAAUCUUGCGAUGACACCACACGCAAAGUCAUUGAUGGGACUAUUCCAUGGUCAGGUUGCAUGCAAGAAGAAUAACUACGGCAAGCCACUGAAGAAGGUAGAGACCCUUGCGAUCCUUGGUGCUGGUCUGAUGGGGGCGGGUGUGGCUCAAGUCAGCGUUGAUAAGGGCAUGCAUGUCGUUCUCAAGGACAUGUCACUCCAAGGCCUUGCCAGAGGAGAGCAACAAGUCUUCGGCGGAUUGGAUAAAAAAGUGAAGAGAAAGAAGCUAACAAGUUUUGAGAGGGAUACCAUCAUGUCCAAUCUGACUGGUCAGAUCGACUACACCAACUUUAGCAAAUGUGACAUGGUGAUCGAAGCCGUCUUUGAAGACCUAGCAAUCAAGCACAGAGUCAUUAAAGAAGUUGAAGCCGUCAUUCCGGAGCAUUGUGUAUUUGCAUCCAAUACAUCUGCCUUACCCAUCACACAGAUAGCAGAGGCCAGUAUGAGACCAGAAAAGGUUGUUGGCAUGCACUACUUCUCACCCGUCGACAAAAUGCAACUCCUAGAGAUCAUCACAACGCCCAAGACCUCCAAAGACACCACUGCCGCUGCUGUUGAGGUAGGCCUCAGGCAAGGCAAGGUAAUCAUCGUGGUUGGAGAUGGACCAGGCUUCUAUACAACCAGGAUUCUUGGCCCUAUGCUCUCAGAGGCCAUCAGGAUUCUACAGGAAGGAUGCAGCCCCAAGGACCUCGACAAAGCCAGCACUUCCUUUGGUUUCCCCGUCGGUACAGCCACGCUGGCCGAUGAAGUAGGUCUGGACGUCGCCUCACACAUUGCCAAAGACCUUGGCCAGAAGUUUGGUGAGAGGUUUGGUGGUGGUGAUCCUCAGGUCCUUCAUGACAUGGUGCAAGCAGGGUACAUGGGUCGUAAGAGUGGCAAGGGAUGCUUUGUGUAUUCAGGCUCCUCCAAGAACCGCGAAGUUAACGAGGGGGCCCAAGCCAUCCUGAAGACACACGCCCUCCCGAGGCAGGGUGUAGACAGUGUGGAGGAUAUCCAGAUGAGGAUGGUGACCAGGUUCGUCAACGAAGCAGUCAUGUGCCUACAGGAAGGCAUCCUCAGGGACCCGGUUGAAGGAGACAUUGGUGCUGUCUUUGGUCUUGGAUUCCCACCCUUCCUUGGAGGUCCAUUCCGAUGGGUUGACAGCUUCGGAGCUGACAAGAUCAUCGCAGCGAUGGAGAAGUAUGGCGCAAUCUACGGAGCAGCGUACGAACCAUGCCAACUACUUAGAGAUCACGCAGCCGACCCAUCAAAGAAAUUCCAUUCAAAAUAGAUUAUUUAAAACUCGUAGCCCCGCCAAGCUUUUCACCUAAUGUCAAUUUUUAUUUUUCAAAAUGAGAAAGAGGACAAAAACUAUGUCAUAUUGAACUUGUUUCCCAAGGAAAUGUAGUUUUUGUUGUUUCAACAUUUUGCAAUGUUUAACUUUGUACAGAUUUUGUUAUGAAUACAUUGCUGCCAUAUUCUUUUUCUCCUCUGACAAUUUUAAAGUUUGAUGUUUGUUUCACUUCAAAGCAAAUGAAAACAAAAGUUCUAGCAAAACUCUAAAUCUCAAAUAUAUAUACCUAGAAAUUAUUUGGGUUUAUAAGCUAAUUGUGGAAUGUAUUCUCUAAACAAAAAUAUAUUUGAGAAAUGAACUAAAAGUUGAAAGAAUUGACAUGACAUCGUUUGGCACAGAAAGUUAUAGUUGUGAAAAGUCUUGGAUAUUUCAAUUGAUUUCAAAUGUAAUGUUAUUUGUAUAGAAUAUGUAUUUUGUGGACUGAAAUAAUCGGGCAACAAAAGUGAUAUGUGUAUUUGUAAGGCGGUUCUAUUGAAUUUGAUGACCAAACACACUUUCCUGAUUAUUUAUUUUGUCUUUAACUAUCAUUCUUUUUUGUGAUACUUUUGUCCACCAUUAUCUAUCAAUUCCUUCACCUCUAAAAAAAUCUCAUAGAUCUACAUAUUUCCACUCCUGUUCUUAGUUGGCCUUCCAAAAUAUAUUUCUAAUUCAUUUUCAGUGCUCCACUUGCUUCUUUUGGAUGAGUGCCGAGGUUUAUUUGAUGAAAGUUGACUGUCAGUGUGUGAGUGAAAAUCAGAGAAAAUUAAAGAAAAAAAAAAAAAAAGAUUACGGUAAAGAAUGAAAUUCUAUCUCAAAAUGGAGAAGGGAAGAAUCAAGAAACAACCUGACACUGUAUUUCUACAUCUCCAUGUUAAAAGAUUUAUGGAGAUAAGUGGGCAACGAGCAACGGUUGCCCCUCAUUUGAAAUAUUUUCAGCUUGCAAUAAAGAGAAUUAAAAGAUA